AUGGAGGAAUUAGGUACAGGUCAGUGAGCGGAGAAAGGAGCAGGAAUAGAGAGGGAGAGAUGCAGAGGAAAUUGAACAAUUGUUAGGAACAUUGGAUUGGAUAUGAAUCGUUUUGGGAAAACAUGUAUUUUACUCAAAGUUCUUAUUGUUUCAGUAGUAAACUCAAAGCAUCUUGGAAAUGCACUGUAGCAAACAGACUUAGAAUUGACCUGAAACAUUUCAGUAUUCAAACUUAGUUCUCUCUGUCUCCACCAUUUUCACCUUCUAUCCCGAUCUCUCUUUAUUCUCUCACCCCUCUUCUCCCUCCAUCCCUACAGUCCCGGUAGACCUGAGUCCAGAGGAGCGCUCUGAGCUGGAGGACAUCCGCCGGAGGAAGGGAGCACUGCUGCAGGAGAUCCAGAGGCUCAGAGACGAGCUCAGAGAGGCCAUCAUAGAGGUGGAGGGAUUGGAGACUAGUACAGAGGGCAGGUGAGAAAAACACAGAUUGUGUGUCCCUGAAUAUUUCAGUUCCAUUAUUCAGUGUGUAGCACCUCUCCACUGGUGUAUCUGAAGUUGGUGAUUAAUUAUAAUUGGAUGAUUUGAGAGUCCAUAUGACAGCAGUGUUUCCCAAAAUAACUCCUCUGCAUUCAGGUUACCUUCAAAUCAAAUAUUAUUUGUCACAUACACAUGUUUAGCAGAUGUUAUUGUGGUUGUAGCGAAAUGCUUGUGCGUCUAGCUCCGAAAGUGCAGUAAUAUCUAACAUAGGACUGCCCAACCCUGUUCCUGGAGAGCUACUGUCCUGUAGGUUUUUGCUCCAACCCUAAUCUAGCACACCUGACUCUAAUUAGCAGGUUGAUAAGAUUAAUCAGGUUAGUAACACCUGGGGUUGGAGUGAAAACCUACAGGAGGGUAGCUCUCCAGGAACAGGGUUGGGCAACCCUGAUCUAACAAUUUCACAACAUAUACCCAAUACACACAAAUCAAAGUAAGGAAUGGAAUUAAGAAUAUAUACAUAUAUGGACGAGCAAUGACAGAGCGGCAUGGACUAAGAUACAGUAGAAUAUUAUAGAAUACAGUAUAUACAUAUAAGAUGAGUAAUGCAAGAUAUGUUAACAUUAUAAACAAGUGACUAGUGUUCCAUUUCUUAAAGUGGCCAGUGAUUUCUAUAGGCAGCAGCAGCCUCUAAUGUGCUAGUGAUGGCUAUUUAACAGUCUGAUGGCCUUGAGAUGGAAGCUGUUUUCAGUCUCUUGGUCCCAGCUUUGAUGAAACACUGUACUGACCUCGCCUUCUGGAUGAUUUUUUUUUAUUUUAAUUUUUUUAUGAUGAUAGCGGGGUGAACCGGUAGUGGCUCGGGUGGUUGAUGUCCUUGAUGAUCUUUUUGGCCUUCCUGUGACAUCGGGUGCAGUAGGUGUCCUGGAGGGCAGGUAGUUAGCCCCCGGUAAUGCGUUGGGCAGACCACACCACCCUCUGGAGAGCCCUGCGGUUGCGGGCGGUGCAGUUGCUGUACCAGGCGGUGAUACAGCCCGACAGGAUGCUCUCAAUUGUGCAUCUGUAAAAGUUUUAGGUGCCAAGCCAAAUUUCCUCAGCCUCCUGAGGUUGAAGAGGCUCUGUUGCGCCUUCUUCACCACACUGUCUGUGUGGGUGGACCAUUUCAGUUUGUCAGUGAUGUAUACGCCAAGGAACUUGAAUCUCUGCAUUUACUCAAUAUUGCAUCUAUGGCAAUUUCACUUUUAAGUUUAUGUAAAAAUAGAUAACUUCCUAUUGGCUCCUUCGACUAUUCUCCUCUCCCCUGCAACUUCCCCAGGUCAUAGCUGCAAAUGAGAAUGUGUUUUCAGUCAAUUUCGCUGUUAAAAGAAGGAUUUGAAAGCGUUUCUAAGAGCUAUUUUAGUUUGACUUCCCUGCUCUGUCCUCUCCAUUUCACUCUAACUGUAUGUAUAAUUGAUGCAGAGUUAUUGGGUUGAAUGUGAUCCACUCCUUGUCUUUCCUCCCUGCAGUAAAACUCUACAGAAGAACAGGCAUGUGGCCAUGGGAAGGAAGAAGUUCAACAUGGACCCCAAAAAGGUGAAAAGGGGACAUGGAAUGGAUACAUUAAUCUGAUCAGCCUCUAUACCACUCUUCCCCCCCCCCCAACCCCCUCUCUUUCACGGUCUUUCUUGUCAUCAAUCUCUUGAGUGUCUUUUCAUUGUAGUUUCUCUUUCUCUCCUCUCUCUCUCUCUGUGUGUAGGGUAUUGUGUUUCCUGGUGGAGAAUGAGUUGCUCAGACACACUCAAGAGGACGUUGCCCAGUUCCUGUACAAAGGAGAGGGCCUCAACAAGACUGCUAUAGGAGACUACCUGGGAGAGAGGUAACCAUUCCCUCUCUCUACCUUUCGCUCUCUUCUUCUUUUGUUAUUAUUGGGCUGAACAGCAUCAGAAGUCUACGUCCCUCUUCUCUCCUGUAGGGAGGACUUUAAUCUCAAGGUUCUGCAGGCGUUUGUUGACCUUCAUGAGUUCACUGAUCUCAACCUGGUCCAGGCUCUCAGGUAAGCUGGGGUGUACUCUGUGAUAACCUCUGACAUUUAAUAAAAACCAGUACAUGCAUUUCAAAUUAUCGAGGAUAAAAACCCUACAUAAGCGUCUUUGUUACCAUGGCAGCUAGUGCUCUGUCUCUGACCUUUUGACCUCUGACCUUUGACUCCUGCAGGCAGUUCCUGUGGAGUUUCCGUCUGCCCGGCGAGGCUCAGAAGAUUGACAGGAUGAUGGAGGCCUUCGCCCAGAGAUACUGUCACUGCAACCCUGGGGUCUUCCAGAGCACUGGUACACACACCUACCGUCGUUACAACACAGAGGUCUGCUAGCUACUCUUCUCAUCUUAUGGUUCCUCUCUCUCCUUAGAUACGUGCUAUGUGCUGUCGUUUGCCAUCAUCAUGCUGAACACCAGCCUCCACAACCCCAACGUGAGAGACAAGCCUGGAUUGGACCGCUUCAUCUCCAUGAACAGAGGCAUCAACGAGGGUGGAGACCUGCCAGAGGACCUGCUCAGAGUGAGUGAGGGAGGGGAACCUAGGGGCUAUGGGGAAGGGCUAGGGGAGUCUGUGGAAGUGAGCUUGUCGUUGGCUCGUGACUGAGUGAUUGUUCGUAUUUUUUAAUGUGUUUGUAGGGGUUCAGUUGCAUGAAGCUCUAGUUCAGAUGAAAUAACAGUGUGUGUGUUAUAGUGAAUCUCCCUGCUGUUUGUUCUCCUCUCAAUGUCUCUCUCCGCUCUGUCUACCACAGAAUCUUUAUGACAGCAUCAAGAACGAGCCCUUCAAGAUCCCUGAGGAUGAUGGGAACGACCUGACACACACCUUCUUCAACCCCGACAGAGAGGGCUGGCUCCUCAAACUGGGUGAGUCGGCUGUGGCAAUCGCCGGGUGGUGGGAGGGGUGUACUGCGGCUUCUCUCUGCCGAUCACCUCAAGGCGGUUUCAAAACCAAAUAUGGAUUAUUUGGAUGGCUUAAAAACAUAUUAACAUUCUGUAACGUCUUGAUCAGCCCCAGGGUUUUUGGAUAAUGAGUGUAAACUUGUGUGUUGUGUGCUCUCUCUCCUAAGGCUUUGUGCUGUUAUGUGCCUGCCUUCAUCCUCUCUCUCAGGUUUACACUAAAGAUAAUGAUACACCGCCAAUGUUCUGAGGCAAUACUGCCACACUUGUUCUCCAGCAAUAUUGCCUAAAACCAUUGUCUGUGUAUUAUGGUCUUAAGACUGCCAUUGCAUGAUGGGUAAAUAGACAGAAUUGUCCAUACUGAGGGAGCUGCCCUUGGAUUCUCAUAUAAGAUCAGUUUGUGUUUUACCUCCCUAAAUUAAGUUUAGGAUUGGGGGACAGUAAACUGAUCCUAGAUGUGUCUAUGGGUGACUUUCUACAUGGAGCUUCCCUCAGUACCUCACUCUCUUGCAUCUUGGCAGUCUGAACCGUCUUCUCUUGCAUGGUGGGGUCUGUGAUCUGUUUGUCACUAAUAUCUCUGCCGUCUUCUCCCUCCCCUCCCCCCCCCCCCCGAAACCUCUGGUCCCUGUUGUCUCUGCUUCUCCCUGUGAUUUCCACACUCUGCUGCCGCUUGUUUCUCAGGAGGUAUGUACUGGGAGAAUGGGUCCAUGAGAAACAAUAUCAUUCUUAUGGAACCAAAAUGGCCACCAGGCAGUAUAGAAUAAACUUUAUUGUCCACAUAUGCCUUUUGACAGACAUUAAAUAUGUUACAUAUUACUAAUAUCUGCUAGUUAUUACUGAGAGAUGAAUUGACAUACAAAAGCACAGUAACAUUGGACAUGUAAGGCUAUACAAGCUGUCUGAAUAACUGUAAUAUCCUGAAGGUGAUGUGUAGUAAUGGCAUAUUUACUUCAGUAUGUGGAGCAGUCAAAUGGAAUGAGUUUGUCUCCAGUCCAGUUGGUGUUCUGCUAACCUCUAGCUACCACCCUGUCUCUCAUGCCUCUGUGUUGGUCUGCUCGUAUUUCAGGAGGACGGGUGAAGACCUGGAAAAGAAGAUGGUUCAUUCUCACAGACAACUGCCUCUACUACUUUGAAUAUACUACAGUAAGUCAACAUUAUAGCUCUCAUCUGCUGCCAAAGUCCAAGUGCCACUGUAGAGCAAUGUGAUGGAAAUGGAAUCCAGUACAGAGAGGGUAAAGAGCUAUGUAACAGAACAUUGUAACGUGGAUCAGAGUGUUGUAUACUACAGUGUGUAUGUCUGUUUGUGUGUGUGUUCAGGAUAAGGAGCCCAGAGGUAUCAUUCCCCUAGAGAACCUGAGUAUCCGUGAGGUUGAAGACCCCAGGAAACCUGUGAGUCUGUCAGUACAUUAGAAUGUCAACAUAGGACAUGAUCACUGCACUGUUUCUCGUGACUCCUGCCCUUCCCUUCCCAGAACUGCUUUGAGUUGUACAUCCCCAACAACCGUGGUCAGCUGAUCAAGGCCUGUAAGACGGAGGCAGACGGCAGAGUGGUGGAGGGGAACCACAACGUGUACCGCAUCUCUGCCCCCACACCUGAGGAGAAGGACGAAUGGAUCCACCACAUCAAGUACGGAGUAGGGAGGGAGGCAGUCAGGAAGGGAGAGUAGGGUGGAUGGAUGGAGGGAUACAUUUAGAAAUGCAUCAGACUAACAUUCUUCUAUUCUGUUUCUCUUUCUUGCAUCCUCUCUCCAGCUCUGCGGUCAGCGUGGACCCCUUCUACGAGAUGCUGGCUGCCAGGAAGAAACGCAUAUCAUUAAAGAAGAACGAGGAACAACCGUAG